CUGUUAUCUAUUCCCGUUGUCGUCAGCGAACGUCCUCGAGAUAUACCAACCAACCAAGCCCUUCCCGGCUCGAGCAGCAGCAAUACAUAAUAUACCACGCAGUAUUGCCGAUCGCCCCGGGACCGGUUCCCGUGCAUCUUGUAUACGUUAAGCUACCACACCAAGACCAUCUCGCCCCCUCCGGUGCUGGUGGAAUUGGAAUUGGCAAAUAGAGAGCACCGAAAGAGCCAAGUUGCAUCCCCAAUUGGGACCACCUCACUUACAUAACCGGGAGAGGGUUAAUCCCUUAUUCUGGUCCCCUACCUGGUUCACCCCUGGCCGCCUCUACGUCUUUAUUUUGACAUGGACCAUCUCAACCUCUCCUCCCCCUUUCGAUUCCGGUAAGAAAAGAGUGCUCCCUCCCCUUCCCUUCCCCUUCCCUCUUAUUUCAUCUCUCUCUCUCUCUCUCUCUCUCUCUCUCUUACUCCCCUCCCCGUCUCUGCCUUCUUUCCGCCUCCCCCCCGUGCCUCCCCUCAUCUCUUCGUACCUCUCGCCUCUCAAGAGCGAAAAAUAUCAGCUUCCGCGUAAAACGCAUCUACCUAUCUCGCUUCCGACUAGAACCCCCCUUUCGUAAGGAACCAUCAGGUUUUCUCAUGCCCGUCAUGGCAGCUGGUGGCGCCGCCGAGGCAACCCGAUUCCUGAUCUGGGGAGGCAACGGCUGGGUUGCCGGCCAUCUCGAGUCCAUUCUCAGGGGCCAGGGCAAGGAGGUCUAUUCGACAACUGUUCGUAUGGAGGACCGUGAGGCGGUCAAGGCCGAGCUGGAUAGGGUCAAGCCCUCCCACGUCCUCAACUGCGCCGGCUGCACUGGCCGUCCCAAUGUUGACUGGUGUGAGGAUCACAAAGAGAAGACGAUACGGUCAAAUGUUAUUGGCACCUUGAACCUGGCGGACUGCUGCUACCUUGCCGGCAUCCACUGCACCGUCUUUGCCACCGGGUGCAUCUACCACUACGACGACGACCACCCCAUCGGCGGCCCUGGGUUUAAGGAGACGGACCCAGCCAACUUCACGGGGAGCUUCUAUUCGGAGACCAAAGGCCACGUCGAGGAGGUUAUCAAGUAUUACACAAAUUGCCUGAUCCUCCGCCUGCGGAUGCCGGUAUCAGACGAUCUGCAUCCGCGCAACUUUGUCACCAAGAUCAGCAAGUACGAGCGGGUCGUAGACAUCCCAAAUAGCAACACGAUCCUGACGGAUCUCCUGCCGGCAUCGAUCCUCAUGGCCGAGCAUAAGGACACCGGGGUCUACAACUUCACCAACCCGGGGGCCAUCAGCCACAACGAGGUGCUGGAGCUCUUCCGAGCCAUCGUCCGCCCGGGAUUCACGUGGAAGAACUUCAGCGUGGAGGAGCAGGCCAAGGUGAUCAAGGCCGGCCGGAGCAACUGCCUGCUCGACACGACCAAGCUGGAGAGGAAGUUGAGCGAGUACGGGUACGCGGUGCCGGAGAUCCACGAGGCGUACAGGCAGUGUUUUGAGAGGAUGAAAGUAGCAGGGGUCAAAUAAGGUUGAAAGGGGGAGGGGGAGAGGACA